CAACGUCGACUCCCACACUUACUAGAGGCCACUGUCACCGGCGGCUACUCCGCCGCCACUGUCAGCUCUGCAUCAACUGCUAUCUCUUUUUCCAUUUUCAUGUUUAGUCUUUUUCCCUUGCUCAUUCUUCACCUUCUCUCACAUCCCAUUUUUGUGGAACUCUUGGAAUCAUCUUCUCACGCCAAAGUCAUCAGAUUCCCAAUACUUCAGACCUGCGACACCUCGGGAAGAGGUAGAUUAGGAAGGAGAGAUAGAGGUAAUUCGGGUCCCAAAUGGGUCGACCCAAUUAUUCAUCUCCAUCUCCCCUCUAUAAAUCCCAGCAAAAAUCAGAACCAAAAACCAAAAGUCAAGUACUGUAAGAUUUGAGCCAGAGAAAGAAACAACAACAACAUACCCACAUACAGGGUUUUGGGGGUGUACUGUGUCCGUUAGAGAGACUGUUUCCAAUAGACAAAUCGAGCCACAAAAAGAAGGUGAAAGAUAAAAUGGUGACAUCAAUUGAGCAAGUGACUAUCCCCGAUCACCUCCCAGAGUUCUUUAAGAUUUAUCACCCUCAAAUAUGCAACUUCCAACUGAGAAUUCCACCGGCCUUUCUCAAGUUUUUCAAUGGAGACAUUCCUUCAAACUAUAUGCUUGAAGAUCUUGCAGGGGAAUCUUGGAAGGUUGUUGUGGAAAAGAAUGACAAUGAUUUCUUUUUCAUGGGAGGUUGGCCAGACUUUGUGUGGAACAAUAAUUUGGAAUUUGGAGAAUUUUUAACCUUUUCCUAUGCUGGAAAUUCACACUUUUACGUUAAAAUAUAUGGGAUAAAUGGAAGCUUAAAGCGGGACGUAACUGCCAUCAACGAGCCUGAGCUGCAUCCAUUGGACGAAGAAAUUGUGCAUGUUCCAAAAAUCGUCAACUUACAAGUGAGCAUCUGGUUCAGAGAUAGGUUCAUCAGCUCGGCCAGUUGAUCAAGCACUUAAUGAAUCAGGAGACUUGGUUGUCUCUGUCACUUCAUUCGACAUUGUCAUCAAGCCAUCCUACAUUCGAAAAAGCGCUUGGUAAGUUAUUAUUUGCUAAUUUGUAUAUAUUCAUAAAUACUUAAAUGCAACUAAUUUUCGAAAAUGUCAUUACAUAUAAUUGCUUUAGUGUCAACUAUGCGAAACAGUAUAAAAAUUCAUGUCUUGUAGUCACUUUUAUCCAGUGGCUUAUUUAAUUCCUUUUACAAGAGUUUCUAGGAUUGACAUUUAUGUCCAAUAAUUUCCCAACAAAAGAAACUUCUAAAGAAAAUAGAAGCUUCGAUAUAUUCUUGCGAGCUAAUUAGUUGAAAUUGUUGACUUUUUUAGGAAGAUAGAAUUGUGUGAAAUGUUGUGCAAUUUAUUAUUGAGCAAAAGGUAAAUGUUUCAUUAAAAGAAAAGUGAUUAGUUCUCCAUUAGCUUCCUAAGGAACUGACAAAAUCAAUCAGAUGAUUUAUAUCAUUUACACCAUAAAAUUAGACCAAACUGACAACACGUAUAAGCAAUUGUUUUUCAGCUGAUGCACAUUUGUUCCUGUUCAUUCAAUAGCACCCAAAAUAUAGCUAGAGGGAUACAAUUCCAUAUUCUUAUAAUCGGCUUAUGAGUCCUUCCUCUCCAGUUGCAAAGAACCUGUUUUGUGUUCCCUGUAAAGACCCAUUUGAUAUUGACCAGAUUUAAGAAUAGUUUCCACAACUCCCUAGCUAUUGUACAAUAUAUAAAUAAGUGAUUGACUGGUUCUAUAUCGUUUUUCACGCAAAGAACAUCUACUGCAUGAGAUAAAAACUCUUUGGGCUAGAAUAUCUUGUGCAAGGCAUCCCUGCAGAAUGAAUCUUCAUUUCCACUUCUAGUAAGAGCUUUGUAUCCUUCCCUUACUGUAUAAUUUCCACCAGCUUCCCCUUUCAUAAGUAAUGCAUCUCGUCCUACAUUUGAUAACUUCAUUCUUCUAUCCUGCCCAUCAACUGCAGCCACUGUCCAUCCCCAAGUCAUGAAAUUUCCUUCUAAAAUGUUGCGCUUCAGAGUUUAUGGGAAUGUAAUAUUGAGAUCCUCUGAAAGACAUCUAUUUGAUUCUGUGUGUUUCUUUGACCUGAAUGUUUGAUGAAGAGAAAUUUUUUUACCUCCAAAAACAUUAAAACUUCAGAUGCAUAUAAUUCGCAGAAUAUGAUGAUUAUAUAGUUGUAACUUUGCAUGUCGUCACUAUAACUCAGCUAUGUGAAUAUUAUUGGUCAAGUGGUAUUCUUUGAAGUAGUUGAAUAUAUACUUUGAAUGGUAAUGGAAGUUGUCUUACUGCUUGUUGUAGUGUUUUAGUUCAUUACAUCUGAUACCAAUCACUUGAUUAUUAAAUGUGUAUUGUGUCUGAGCAUGUUUUGGACGAUACAUACUUGUGCGGAAUGUACCGGCUGCUUUUGGCAAUAGAUACUUGAACAGGGGGCAAGGGCAAAACUUUGAGGCUACUCUUCAAACUGAUAGAGGUAGCUGGCCGGUUUCAGUUCACAGUUCUGAUAGACUUCUCCUGCGGACUGGGUUCGGAGAAUUUAUAGCCGGUAAUGCUUUGCGUGAAGGAGAUGUUUGCCAAUUUAAACUGAUUGAUGAGGAGAAGUUCAUACUGGAAGUUAGCAUUAGAAGACAACUUAAGUAAAGUAGUAAUAAAAAUAGAGGCGAAUCUCUUUGAUCAUUUGGCUUAAUAUCUAUCUGAUUCAAAUAUUUCUACCUGAGAGAAAGAGAGCUAUAUGUUUACUAAGCAUUGCAUAGUACUGGAAUAGAAGGUUUAUGUAUCAGUAGUUUAAUUUAGUGAAUUUACAUCAUUGUAUGAUAUGCUAAAUGCUUUAGGCAAACAAAAGAAGGGUAAAAAACAAAAUGGUGAGACUAGUUGAAGAAGUCAUUGUCCCUGAUCACUACCUUGAGUUCUUCAAGAUUUCUAUAUGUCCCUGAUAUAUGCUUUCAGAAACUUGUAAUCUCUUCUUUUCUCUGUUGCAAGUUCAGAAAUACUCGCAUGAUUCACACGACACUAUUUCUAAUGGAUGCAGAAAAGAUUGUUUAAUUU